AUGUCGCGAACCUCCCUGGUGUGCCUUGCCGUCAUCUUCGCCGUCGCCGUCGCCCAACAGCAACAGGGACAGUACGCGCCGAUGUCGCAAUCCUCGCAGCCGACCCGAUACAACCAAUAUCAGAACUCGAACAGCCAAUACCCGCAGCAGAACCAGCAGUACGGACAACAACAACAGUACGGAGCCACCACCACCCGAAACGGCUACAACAACAACAACCAGGGCUACACCACCACCCGAUUCGGCAGCACCACGACGAUGAACCCGAACCAGCGUUUCUUCAACUCUGCCCCCACUACCGAAUCCGCAUUCUUGGCGCUCGGCGCGGCGACUGUGGCCCUGGCUUUC